AUGCCAGUUUGUGAAUCCUCAUGGCUGGAGAUCACCGACAGAACAGUGGAAAGUCUUCCCGGUCUUUUCGCGGUUGCUCCUAUCGCAGCCUGGUCCAAGUUCACGGCACUGACGGUAUCAGUCUGUUCUUAUGACCCUGGGACUCGACCCCGGGAGACCCCGACCCAGAGAAUUCGAAAGCUGGAAGCAUGUCUCCGGGCAGCACGUAUGUCGCUGGUGCGGCUCAAGGCUCAGAACCAAAUUCUCGCCAACACCGAUAUCGACUCGGUGCUCAACACGUUGGACAACUCGUACCCGGAGCCCUCGGAAGAGGGAGACUCCAGUGCCGACGAGGACAAUGCCAGAUCAACCCGCCUAGGCAGCAUGAUGGGUAGAGCUGGGCGGUUCGUUCCCCUCUCACCCACCCAAACCACCUUUUAUGGCUCUUAUUCCGGAUACUCUUUCGUCUUCAAGACACUGGAGCUGUUCCGGAGAAUGCCCGACAGUGCAGCCUUGACCACCGAGACUCAAACUAUCACUACAGCCCUGUUCAAUGCACCGGUGCCGGAUGCUGAAGCUGGCAUGCAGUAUUCAUCGCAGUUCCAGAGUCUUCCGAGUCUAUCGAUCACGCUUAGUCUUCUGGAUACCGUCUUCACCAGAUGCAAUCCACUGAUUCAGUUCGUCCACGAGGCCGAUUUUCGAGACAUGGUCAAUCGUCUGUACAGCGAAUCGGCGCUUCAAUUUGGUGCAUCAAGUCAUAAUUUCAUGCCAUUGUUCCACGGAGUUCUUGCAAUCGCCUUGUUGUUUGACAUUCGGUCCCGCAAAAAGCAUGGGUGCGAAGACAUUGUCAACGAAGCUACGAGGCAUUUCCUUCUGGCUCGGAGGGAGCUCGACGUUGCCCAGUGUGCUGAUCUCAUAUCAAUGCAGACCAUAUUGUGUCUCAUUUACUUUCUGGUGACAACGUCUCGUCUGACUUCCGCAUACACAUACCUUGGCAUUGCUUGUACUUCGGCUUUGAGGCUUGGCUUGCAUAAAGACAUCGGCAAGGAUAUUUCGAUAUCUGAGGUACAACAAGACGCCAGACUCAGAAUUAUGCUUGCCGUCUUGCAAUUUGACACUUUAGUCAGUAUAGUUCUAGAUUUGCCGACUCGCAUCAAUCCGGAUAGCAUCGACCCGGGAGUUAUGGCCUCAUUGAAGACGGACUUCGCUAAACGGUCGGCCAAUGCCCGUGAAGAUGUCUCUGAAACGCAUGCGAAGCUUCUAGCUUCAGCAAAACACUUGGAGUUGUUAAGCCUGACAGCCACCGGCAUGCGAAGCAUAUUCAGCCAUGGCAGCCACAAGGAGAAACGGACAAAAGACCUGGUGUUUGACAAUGUUGAUUCUGUCAAUAUGAGAGGGGCGGAGGAUGCAUUCCGGAAAUGGGCGAGAGCGUUGCCUUGCUUGCCUCUGAUUCCCGAAAAGCUCGAGGUGUCAGCUAUCAUGAAAUUUGAACUGGAAAUGGCAUUCUAUUUCGGCCAGUUCGUCCUCUACCAACCUUUCCUACAUUACCUCAUUCAAAUGGCGGACGGCGCGCCGAUUACGAGGACUCAAUCGCAGCACGCCCUGGCUUGCAUCAAAAUUGCGGCUACAACAAUUACCCGCGCCGAGGUGAUGCUUCAACGCGGCUUGCUGGCUCCCGCAUCUUGGAGUGUCAUCUACACCCUCUUCCUGGCAGUCAUGUGCCUCCUGUUUCUGAUAGCGACACACAAUGGUACGUCCCGACCUAGUGAAGCAUGGAAGAAGGGAGAACUGGGCAUUAGGCUCCUGGCGACGAUGCGCUGUUACGAUAAUGGUGCCGUCAGGUGUCUGUGGAUCAUCAAGAUGGUUAUCAAACAGCUCUCACACACCGUACAAUUCGACGUUGACCGAAUUGUCGCCAGCACCGAAUGCCUGUGCCCUUGCUCGAGGUCUAGUUUGUUACCGACAGAAUCACUAGACCGCCGGCCAUCACUGGAUCGUUCAGACAUCAAUGCCGGAGCAAGUGGAUAUGCAACACCGGAGACACCGCAUGAUGCACGUUCUUAUCCAUCUGUCUGGAGUCGACCGGGCAUGGACCAACUCCUGGCCACUAAUCUGGACUCGCCACGGCAUGAUGCAGAUUUCAUCCUCGCGGAAGCCCAGGCCAUCUCAUUGACGUUACCGAUCGACAAUCUCGAGCUGUUCGCCUCCGGAGCGGUCUGA